AUGAAGAAACCAGAAAAUAAAUUAGAAAAGGUAUCUGUUGAACCAAAAAAAGAGACUCCAGAGAAGAAACCAGAAAAAGUAUCUGCAGAACCCAAGAAAGAAACACCAGAUAAGAAAUUAGAAAAAGUACCCAAAACAGAGACUCCAGAGAAGAAACCUGAAAAAGUAUCUGCAGAACCCAAGAAAGAGAUACCAGAGAAGAAAUUCGAAAAGGUAUCUGUGGAACCCAAAAAAGAGGCACCAGAGAAGAAAUUAGAAAAAUUACCCAUAGAACCCAAAAAAGAGAUACCAGAGAAGGAAUUAGAAAAGAUAUCUGUGGAACCCAAAAAAGACACACCAGAGAAGAAACCAGAAAAGUUAUCUGUGUCAACCAAAAAAGAGACUCCAGAAAAGAAACCUGAAAAAGUAUCUGUGGAACUCAAAAAAGAGACACCAGAGAAGAAAUUAGAAAAGGUAUCUGUGGAACUCAAGAAAGAGAAGAAACCUGAAAAAGUAUCUACAGAACCCAAAAAAGAGACACCAGAGAAGAAACAAGAAAAGGUAUCUCUGGAAGCAAAAAAAGAAACACCAGAGAAAUUAUCUGCAGAAUCCAAAAAAGAGACACCAGAGAAGAAACCAGAAAAAGAAUCUGUAGAACCCAGAACAGAGACCCCAGAGAAGAAAUUGGAAAAAGUUUCUGCAGAAACAAAAAAAGAGACACCAGAGAAGAAACAAGAAAAGGUAUCUCUGGAAGCAAAAAAAGAAACACCAGAGAAGAAAUUGGAAAAAGUAUCUGCAGAAUCCAAAAAAGAGACACCAGAGAAGAAACCGGAAAAGGUAUCUGUGGAAACCAAAAAAGAGACUCCAGAGAAGAAACCUGAAAAAGUAUCUGUGGAACCCAAAAAAGAGACUCCAGAGAAGAAACCUGAAAAAGUACCUGUAGUACCCAAAAAAGAGAAGAUACUAGAAAAGGUAUCUGUGGAACAACAAAAAGAGACACCAGAGAAGAAACUAGAAAAGGUAUCAGUGGAAACAAAAAAAGAGACACCAGAGAAGAAACCAGAAAAAGAAUCUGUAGAACCCAGAACAGAGACCCCUGAGAAGAAAUUGGAAAAAGUUUCUGCAGAAUCAAAAAAAGAGACACCAGAGAAGAAACAAGAAAAGGUAUCUCUGGAAGCAAAAAAAGAGACAUCAGAGAAGAAAUUGGAAAAAGCAUCUGCCGAAUCCAAAAAAGAGACACAAGAGAAGAAACCGGAAAAGGUAUCUGUGGAAACCAAAAAAGAGACUCCAGAGAAGAAACCUGACAAUGUAACUGUAGAAACCAAGAAAGACAUAUCAGAGAAGAAAUUAGAAAAGGUAUCUGUGGAGCCCAACAAGGAGACACCAGAGAAGAAACUAGAAAAAGUACCUGUCGAACCUAAAAAAGAGACACCAGAGAAGAAACUAGAAAAGGCAUCUGCAGAACCCAAAAAAGAGGGACCAGAGAAGAAACUAGAAAAGGUAUCUGUGGAACCCAAAAAAGAGACACCAGAGAAAAAAAAAGAUGAGAUAUCUGUGGAACCCAAAAAAGAGACACCAGAGAAGAAACUAGAAAAGGUUUCUGUGGAACCCAAAAAAGAGACACCAGAGAAGAAACUAGAAAAAGUACCCGUCGAACCUAAAAAAGAGACACCAGAGAAGAAACUAGAAAAGACAUCCGCAGAACCCAAAAAAGAGUCACCAGAGAAGAAACUAGAAAAGAUAUAUGUGGAACCCAAAAAAGAGACACCAGAGAAAAAAAUAGAUGAGAUAUCUAUGGAACCCAAAAAAGAGACACCAGAGAAGAAACUAGAAAAGGUUUCUGUGGAACCCAAAAAAGAGACACCAGAGAAGAAACUAGAAAAAGUACCCGUCGAACCUAAAAAAGAGACACCAGAGAAGAAACUAGAAAAGACAUCCGCAGAACCCAAAAAAGAGACAUCAGAGAAGAAACUAGAAAAGAUAUCUGUAGAACCCAAAAAAGAGACACCAGAGAAAAAGCUAGAUGAGAUAUCUGUGGAACCCAAAAAAGAGACACCAGAGAAGAAAUUAGAGAAAGUAACUGUUGAACCCAAAAAAGAAACUCCUGAGAAAAAACCCAAAGAGCCAGCAGAACCUAAACAAGAAACACCUGCAAAAAUACAUGCAAAGGAACCUGCAGAGACAAAGAAAGAAGCUGGGGUAAAACCACAUGGAGAGGACACUGCACCAACUAAGGAGGUGAUAACACCUGCAAAAGUGAUAACACCUGAAAAAGUGAUAACACCUGCAAAAGUGAUAACACCGGAAAAAGUGAUAACACCUGCAAAAUUGAUAACACCUGAAAAAGAACUAACAAAAAAAACACCAGUAGAAAAACUUGAAAAACUAACAAAGGAAAAGCUUGAAAAAGAAAUAAAGGAGCAAAUAAAAACAGCUCCAGUGAAACAAGAACAAGUUGUACUUAAUCAAACCAAAGAAACAACAUUGAAAAAGCUUGAGAAAAAAAUGGUCAAUGAAACCAAAGACGCAACAGUGAAAAAGCUUGAAAAAGAACUGGUCAAAGAAACCAAAGAAACACCAGUGGAAAAACAUGAAAAAGAACCAGAAGCAACUUGCCUGAAACCCAGCACAAGGGAUACCCAGUUUCAGGAGGCUUUACCAUCCAACAUUCUGGGUCUUCCAACUCCAUGA